GUGCAGACAGCCUCACCAGAAGUACAGGCGCACUGAUGCGGCUGCGCCCUGCGGGCAGCAAUCUGCCAAGCCCCUCGUUCUUGCCCAGCUGCUGCCCCUGGAGGCGCUGGACCUGCGCUGCCUUCAGCUAUGAAAUUUCUGUUGGUUUUUGAUUUUGACCAUACAAUCAUAGAUGAAAAUAGUGACACCUGGAUUGUGAAAUGUGCUCCUGAAAGAAAACUUCCUAAUGAAUUAAGAAACUCUUACCAACCAGGACAUUGGACAGAAUAUAUGGGCAGAGUCUUUGUCUACUUGGGAGACAAUGGUGUCAAAGAAGAUGAGAUGAAAAGAACUAUGACAACAAUUCCUUUCACUGCGGGAAUGAUAGAUCUUCUGGGAUUUAUUGGCAAGAACAAGGAGUUGUUUGAUUGUAUAAUUGUUUCAGAUUCUAAUACAGUAUUUAUUGACUGGAUUUUGAAAGCUGCUGACUUCCAUCAAGUGUUUGAUGAAGUGUUUACAAACCCUGCGGCAUUCAGCAGUACUGGCUAUCUUACUGUACAGCACUUCCAUGCUCACCAUUGUGCAAAGUGCCCUAAAAACCUUUGCAAAAGCAAAGUUUUAAAAGAAUUUCUAGAUAAACAGUUGGAGCGAGGAGUGAGUUAUACACAAAUUAUAUAUAUAGGUGAUGGUGGGAAUGACUUAUGUCCAGUAAUGUUUUUGAAGAAGAAUGAUAUUGCUAUGCCCAGGCAGGGGUAUACCUUGGAGAAAAGGAUUUCUCAACUGGCCCAAAGUCUCAGUCCUGUACAGUGUUCUGUUCUGGUUUGGUCAUCUGCAAUUGACAUCAUGUCUUACCUGAAACUACUUAUAAAGGAAUGAUUCUAAUGAUAAAAGGAAACCGAUAAACUUCCAUUUUAACUUAUUGGGAGAGAAAAAAUGCAUAUGUAUAAAAGCUCAGCAUUGUAAAAUUGGGCUAUUAUCUGAAAUUAUGGAGCUUUUAACCCCAAACAGAAAACUGUUUAUGUUCAAUCCUGGUGAUAAUGCGAAAGUGCAGUAAAAAGCCUUCUAACACAGUACAGACUCCAACAUAAGUGAAAAAGGGGCAUUGGGACAGGACUUGGCAUUAGUUUUUGGCUACUCCCUUCCCUCCAACCCUCUACAAGUAUAUAGCUGAUAUAUACUUGCAAUCCCACACACUUAGGAGGAGGAGGAGGAUUCCUGUUCAAAAGAAUGAAAUUCUUUAUUAGAAAACAUUAGGUGCCAGGAGCAUGGUUCUAGAGCUGUUGGCUUUUAUACUUCUUUGAUGUCAAAUUAUUUGCUUGUAAUCUUGUUUAAUCCAAAGAUGCAUUUAUAUUUUCAAUUGAUUAUUUUACCAAACAAAAUGACUUUUUAAUACUUUGUAUUAUCUUGUAUUGUAAAGACAAUAAAAGUUGCUGUCACUGACAAAUGCAACACAACUAA